UGGAAAACAUGAGCUUUUUGUUUUGCAUAGAGAAGAAAUUAAGAGGAAGAGCAAAGAAAGCCACCGAAAUGAAGACAAAUAAAGAGAGCCACCAAGAUAUAUGAAAAAGUCUUGGUUAAUUUUUUUUAUCAGCCUAUAUGGGUUAUGGUACAUAAUCGAUGUUAAAAGUCUACUUGCAGCCAAAACCUGAGUCUAAUGUCAAGCUGAAUAUUUUGUAACAUGAUUACCAUGGAAGCGUGUCCUGUGGUAUAAAUCCAUACAUUUGAAUUUGAGGGCCAAAAUAACUGUGAUAUGUAACAAGUUUGUUGCGUUUUAUUGGAAUAAAUUAGCUUUGCUUUUAACUCGCGUUUCUAGAUUCACUGUAAUACAUUGUGUAUCAAUGAAGGUGUCAAGAAGAUAUGAAGAAGCCGCCAUGCACUGUUUACCGAUUCGUAACAUCUCGUCUCCGCUUGCUUACCAAUAAUCUUGAUGGUAUUUGUGUUGGCUACUCCAGAGCUGCUGCUACUGCUUGUGCUUUUGCUAUUGAAACAGAAUAUACAACUGAACAUGGUGGUGUUUGUAUUGAUGCACACACAUAUGUUCGCCUCUUGAACAACUGCAUAAGUAAGAAAAAUGUUUCAGGUGGCAAUACCAUCCACGCUCAGAUAAUUAAAAAUGGGCUGCAAAAUCAUGCUUACUUGCUCACAAAUAUUGUCAACAUGUAUGCCAAAUGUGGCCGGCUAUUUGAUGCACGCCAAGCAUUUGACGAAAUGCCUGAGAAAACCGUUGUCUCGUGGAAUGCAAUGAUUUCAGGGUAUACUCAACAGGGGUAUGGCAAGAAGGCGUUGGAUUUGUUUAGCCAAAUGCAGAAGGCAGAUAUGAAGCCGAGUGAGUUCAGUUUUGGUAGUGUUCUUCGGUCAUGUGCCAGUGUUCAGGCUCAGGAGCAGGGUAAUCAGGUUCACGCUCAGGCUUUAAAACUUGGGUUUAGUUCAGAUACGUUUGUAGCUGGUGCUCUGGUUGACAUGUAUGCAAAAUGUGGUAAUAUAGAGGAUGCGCGCCAAAUGUUUGAUACAAUGGCUGUGAGAGAUGUUGUUUCAUGGAAUGCAUUAAUUGCUGGGUAUGCUCAGAAUGGCCAUGUUCAAGAAGCUCUAGAAGUUUACCGUGACAUGCAAAAAUCAAAUGUAAAACUAACCCAGUUUGCUAUCAGCAGUGUGCUCCAGGCUUGUGCAGGUGUAGCAGCUCUAGAACAAGGCAAACAGGUUCAUGCGCAGGCAGUCAAAACUGGUCUUGAGUUGGAAAUGUUUGUGGCAAGUGCACUGGUUGAUAUGUACCCAAAAUGUGAUAGUAUUAAGGAUGCACUAAAAGUAUUUGAAACUAUGCCUGAGCGCGAUGUUGUUUCGUGGACUGCCAUGAUAGUGGGAUGUGCCCAGAAUGGUUGCUCUGCAGAAUCUCUAAAACUUUUUUGUCAGAUGCGAGAAGCCAGGGUGAAACCCAAUCAGUUUCCCAUUGCUAGUGUUUUGAGUGGAUGUGCUAACCUAGAAGCUCAGGAACAAGGCAAACAGAUACAUUCAUAUAUUAUAAAAACUGGUUUUAACUCGGAUAUAUUUGUGGGCAAUGCCCUUGUUGAUAUGUACGCUAAAUGCAAAAGCAUCGGGGAUGCUCGGAAACUGUUUGAAGGAAUGUUGGAACAAGACAUUGUCUCAUGGAAUGCAAUUAUAGCAGGCUACGCUCAAAAUGACCAUGGGGAAGAAGCCCUGAAAUUACUACACAAAAUGCAAUGGAUCAAUUUGAAGCCAGACAUAUAUACUUUUGGCAGUGUACUUAGGGCAUGUGCUAGCCUAGCAGCUUUAGAAAGAGGUCAGAAAGUUCACACACUCGUAAUCAAGAGUAAUAUUACACCAGAACCUGUUGUGGGCUGUGCACUUGUUGAUAUGUAUGCAAAAUGUGGUAGCUUAGAGAUUGCACGAAAAGUCUUCAACAUAUACCCUAAGGAGGAUGUAGUCCCUUGGAAUGCAAUGAUUGCCGCAUACGCACAGCAUGGAUGUGGAAACGAGGCUAUUCAAAUAUUUGAAGAAAUGCAGCCACUAGGGAUCAAACCAAAUGAAAUUACGUUUGUCAGUGUUCUUUUUGCAUGUAGUCAUAUAGGAUCUGUGGUUAAGGGACGCAAUUUUUUUAAGUCCAUGACUGAAGAUCAUGGCAUUACACCAGAAAUAGAGCACUAUGUCUGCAUGGUUGAUCUGCUUGGACGAUCUGGGCACUUGGAUGAGGCCGAGGCCUUCAUAAAUUCAAUUCCAUUUAAACCUAAUGCUCUGUUAUGGAAGACAUUGCUUGGCGCGUGCAAUGUCCAUUGCAAUGUUGAUAUUGGUAUACGUGCAGCAGGCUUUGCUCUUAGGCUGGAACCAGACGACCAUGCAACAUAUGUUUCACUUUCAAAUCUUUAUGCUGCAGCCAACCGGUGGGAAAAUGUAGCUAACGUGAGAAAGAUGAUGAGAGAAAGGAAGGUGAAAAAGGAACCAGGAUGCAGUUGGGUUGAAGUUAAGAACAGUGUUCACACAUUCAUUAAGGGGGAUAGAUCGCACCCAAAAACUGCAGAGAUAUAUUCAUUAUUACAUGCAUUGCAUGUGGAAAUGAAGAAGCGAGGAUAUGUACCAGAUACAAGAUGCGUUUUGACUUUUGCGUAACAUGGUAUAGAGUUGCAAGAAAAAUUUGUCUGAGCAAUGGGAAGGUGGCCUUCACUUUGGGUAUACUCCAAAUAUGGUCACAAAAGAUGGAAAUAUGUUCAUGUGAAACCUUUGUCCCACUGCAAUCAAGUUUGUGCCCAACCAUUCUCAUUGCUUCAAGGAUGGACUAUUUUGUUAAAAGUAGCGAUUCAUAACAAAUGAAAGAGAACUAGAGCAUAAUGUGGUUUCGGUAUAUGGACUGCUCUUGGUUGGCAGAAGUUUAAAUGUAUAAAUAUGUGUUCACAAUUACAAUUGGCCGUACAAGGUGUGACUUUGAAUUUUGUCAUGUUUGUGGAGCUGAAUGGAAGAAAAAGAAUCCAACAUGCAAGUGUGAUUUAUGGGAUGAACAUAACAUUAUUCACGAACCACUUACGGAUGAUGAUGACUACUAUGAUUUUGAAGAAGAAUAUGAGAUUGAUGGUGAAGAUUAUGAAUUUGAACCUCUAUCAGCAUGCACAGUGGGGCAGGGGAUUAUGAAUUCAAAAGGAAUCAUGCUGUUGCAGUCAUUUCAAAAGGCAUCAGGCUACUGGAAUUUAACUAUUAGUUUGGAUGCAGAUGAUAUGUGUCUGAAAUAAGUUCUUGAAAGAAAGCUGAAGUUACAUUUGCUAUCCAUUGUCAAAGACUACUCGUGAUGGGUGUGUAAGAAGUUUUAUGAUCAUACAAGUAAAGCUAUUCUCUAUCAAUCCACUCAAUUUUGAAGAGAGCUCUAAAUGAAAUAGGAAGGACAAAAAUUUAAAGCCUGUAGAUGAUUAUCUAUUGCUCUAUCCAUUUCUCUAAUCACCUUAUCCAUCACAAUCAAUUAAAGACAUGCCUACGAACCCAUUGUCCAAACCAAUUCUAGAGAACGGAUCCAAUAUUUGAGCAGGGUCUUAAUAGUUGCAGUUGUAUUUGUAGAUUUAAAGUUUAAUGUUUUUAAUUAUGCCGAGAGGCAUCAUCUACAAUGACAUCAAAAUGUCCGUAAACAAAAAUUCAAUUUUGAAACAAUUUGACAUUCAAAUGAUGGUUAAAUGCAUGAAAUAUGCAAUCUUUUGGUUUU